AUGGACAACACAACUUCCGACACAGCCAAUGCGUCCAUAGCUGAGCCUGAGAGCUCUUCUAUACCCAUUGAGUCUCUCCUUCAGUCAACACCUUCUGUCGAGAACGCUCCCGCCCCCACCCCCGUCACAAACGCCGCCAGCCAUGUAGUCAGCGAUUCCAACCCCACCGGCGGCCACUCAGCCGAAACCACUGUCGAUGCGGCCCCUGCCUCCGAGCCCACCGCUACCGAGCCCGAACCCAAACUGUCCAAGAACCAGCUGCGCAAGCUCAAGCGCAAAGCCCAGUGGGAGGAUGCCCGCGACGACCGCAAGCGCAAGCGCAAGGAGAAGCGCCACGACCGCGCCGUUCGCAAGCGCGAGGACAAGCAGGCCCUCAUCGCCGAAGCCAAGGCCAAGGGCGUCGACCCCUCCACCCUCUUCCAGAAGCCCGCCAAGCCCGAGCCUGCCGUGCGCGUCCCCGUCGCCCUCGUCGUCGACUGCGACUUUGAAGAGUACAUGCUCGAGAGCGAGCGCAUCUCCCUGUCGAGCCAGGUCACACGCUGCUACAGCGACAACAGGCGCGCGCGGUAUCAGUCGCACCUCUACAUCAGCUCGUACAAGGGCAUGAUGAAGGAGAGGUUCGAGACGACGCUGGCCAACCAGCACCUGCACUGGAAGGGCGUCAAACUGAUGGAGGGUGACUACAUCGAGGCGGCGAAGGCGGCGGAGCAGGAAAUGAAGGGACCCGACGGCGGUCAGUUGAUCGAUGUGCUCAAGCCGAGAGAGGGUGCCAAGCCGGCGCUGUUUAGGGACGAGGCCGACGCGACACCACAGGCCGAGGCCGAGCCUGAGCCUGCAGAAGACCUCAAGUCGAUCGUCUAUCUGUCUGCCGAGUCGCCGAACACGCUGGACCGCCUCGAGCCAAACACAAGCUACAUCAUCGGCGGUCUUGUGGACCGUAACCGCGAAAAGGGCUUGUGCCACAGGCGCGCGAGAGAGAAGGGUAUCCGUACGGCAAAGCUGCCUAUUGGGGAAUACCUGGAGAUGGCGAGUCGCCGCACCGGCGAUUGGGGCAAGGCGUUUCUCGAGGUCAUUCCCAAGAGAAAAGGUGGCAAGCUCAGGGGCUCGGCGGAGGAGGGUGACACCACCGGUGCUGACCUUGAUGACAACAAACUGGACGAUGAAGAGGAUGAUGACGAGCAUGGCGAAGAGGACCAGACAACGACCGAAGACAAGCUUGGCAACAACGGCGCCCCAGAGAGCGACGAGAUGCAGGUAGAUACUGACACUGCCGCUAAUGCGCCUGUAUCUGCCACUUAG